CUUGUCCAAUCAAGAUGGUAGAUACUGCGUUGUAAUGGGUAGGUAGCUAUUUUUGUGACAAACGUUAAACGCGGAGUUCAACGCGAUAACGCUCGAACACACACCAACACCGAUGAUCGAUAUCUCUACAUCCACACGUGCCCAGUGUCCACAUUCAAGUUACAAACACGUCAGUUUCAGACUUCAGUGAGUUUCACCGUUUAGCGACGUGACGUUCUCGUCUCCUCCGAGUCCUAGGGCUGUCCAAGACUUACCGUAGGCUCGGUCUGUCCGCCCAUGUCGUCCAUUUAUCAUAAUCGCCAAAUCACAUUUGUCUAGUCGUUAAACAUCGCGUAGUAACAGUGUUUUUCCAUAAUAUUUCGAAUCUCGUUUUUUCCACCACGUUUGCCGAUUUCGACUAUAAACACAAUAUAGCGAUAGGUGUUCAUAAUAUUAUUUUAAUACAACGUCUCUUCGUCAGACGUUUUAAAAUUAAUCCGUUAGUUUGUGUAUAUAAGGUUUGGUACACUCGUAUUACUUUCGUACGUCAUCAACGACUAUACUUAGCAUUUCAUUUUGAAGAUGUAUACAAAUUACAAACCACAAUUUGAAAGGGACGGAAGGAGAAAAAAUUUAAGAGAAGGACUACCAGCUUAUGCAUAUUCACGAGGAGUUGAGUUACAUAGUGAUAAAAAUCCUUACUUGUGUGUGCAAUCUGAAGUAUAUGGUCCUCAAAGAAAAGUUCUCAACAUAAGUUAUCCUAUAAAUGUUCCUGAAUUUGAGCUACCAAAUGAAGAGCAGAUAUCUUACUAUGAGCAAUUAAUGAUGAUGAGCAAUGAAACUAUUGUAUUAAGUAAUUUCUUGGACAAGAAAGAAACUCAGCUCUGCUCAAAAGCCAUUCACAGGAAACCUGAUUCGAUCCAAGAACUUUCACUUAAGAAAUCAACAGUAAACAAAUGCUCUUCAGAAAUUUUACCCUUUUAUAAAAUAUGUUUGGAACACUAUAUGGAAAAAGUUGAUCUAGGUGUAUUGGAUACUUGUAAUCGAAUAAUGGGAUUUGGACAAUCUGUGACAGAAACAGAACGAAUUUAUCUUACGAUUCGAGAUGACUAUUUAAUGGCAAUGCAAAUAUUGAUUUUGUUGAAAUGCAUACUAUCCAGUCAAAAUAUAUCUGUUUUUAAAGAUAUAACGGAGACGCUAGAAUCAUGGAAAAUCACAUUACAAAAGAUAAGUACCAAUCCAAAGAUGUAUGAAUUGUCACCAUAUAAUACUAAUGUGGAGAUGGCAGAAUUGUUAGAACUACUAACUAGAAGCUAUUUCAAAACAAGGCAUUAUUUAGAAGCUUGUUUUAUUUUAAUGGUUAAUAAAGAAGAAACCAUUAAAGAACAGCAGGUCAAAGACRACAUGUUGUGCAAAUUUUGGUAUUCAAUGGUUGACACUCCACAACAUUAAUAUUUAUUUAAUAACUUUUUGCCAAUUUUAUAAGUGAUUUUAAAAUUGUAAUUCCUGAUUUUAUGUCCUAACAGUAACUUAUUUAUUUUUUUCUGUACCAAUUUAAUGAUUUUUUAAUUUGUUUUAUUCAAAGUGAUGUU